AUGAUGGAAUCGCCAGAAAACACUUGUCGACUGGCCAAGGCCUUCAGGAGCCUGCGCGACGCCACACAACAGACGACCCGUCCUCGAACCUUGGCCCUGUCUACCUAUCCAACAUUACCAGAAACAAGCCUAGAGCGAAGAGAACAGUCUCUGUCAGCUGGUGCCGAAUCCAAGUCCGAAACAUUCCUCUAUCUCGCCUACGGUUCCAACUUGUGCAACGAAACCUUUCGAGGCAAGCGAGGAAUCAAGCCCUUGUCGCAAAUCAAUGUCCAGGUCCCGCAACUCCGCUUGACUUUCGAUCUACCUGGUAUAGCCUACUCGGAACCAUGCUUUGCAAACACUGCCCGCCGCGAUCCCUACAAGGAUGUACCGAGUCUAUCGGANAAGGAAGGGGCGCCUGUAUCCAAUGACUACCACAAGGAUAGAUGGCACAAAGGCUUAAUAGGCGUAGUCUACGAGGUCACAGCCACUGACUAUGCCCACAUUAUUGCGACUGAAGGAGGUGGUGCCUCGUACCAAGACAUCCUCAUCGACUGUUAUCCUUUCGAGAAUGCGGACCCAAGUCACCCCGUGCCCGUAUAUCCUACCACCAACCCUUUCAAGGCCCAUACCCUCUUCGCUCCUGCUGUUCCUCCUGGCUCUCAACCUCCAAAAGAGGGAGGAAGACUUCAGCGUCCCGACACCUCAUACGCACAAGCCUCUUCUCGCUACCUGAAGCUCAUCACCGACGGAGCCGCCGAGUGCAGACUACCAUACGAGUACCAGGACUAUUUGAGUAACAUUCGACCAUACACAAUUACCACCAACAAGCAGCAGUUGGGCCAGUUCAUCUUCCUCACUCUAUGGCUGCCUUUCAUUGUGCUCAUAUUCAGCCUUAACGCAAAAUACGCCGAUGAGCAUGGCCGCACACCGCCUUGGUUACGCAUCCUCUCAGAAUCCAUCUUUAGAGCUUGCUGGAGGACUUACGAUGGAUUCUUCAAGCCCACAUUUGGUGAUGGUGAGCGGACGACUCCUGCAGAAGAGGAGGAUGGCCAUCGACAGACGACGCCUGAUCAAGACCUGCUUCGACAAACCAAAAGCAAAACAUCGAUAGAUGAGGAGAAGUACUCCCCAGCUGUAUAA